AUGGUCCCUUUCCGAGGGCAUCGUGCCUUCCACACAACCCUAUGCGCCUUCCUCGCCGCCGCCCUGCUCCUGCCCUUGCUUGCCGCAGCCGACUAUGUGCCGACAAACAUCACCGAGACGCCCAACUUCCAGCUGCUGCCUGGCAUCGCUUCGGUACCAGCACCCGUCACCGUCGCGCCGGACCAGAACUGGCUAGGAGUCGACGGCUCAUGGAACACCUUUACUCUGCGCGUGGGCGAAACAGGGGAGAAUGUGCGCGUCUUUGUGUCGACUGCAAGCCAGCAGAUAUGGGCCAUCAAUCGCAUGGCGUGCAUCACCAACACCACGAGCCCGGUGACAGGAGAAAUCACAGCAUACAACGUCUUCGACUCGGAUUGUGAAACCAGCCGCGGCUUCCUAUUCAACAGCAGCAACUCGGAAACAUGGCAGCAAAAGGGCUUCUACCAACUGUGGAUCGAGAAGUAUCUCGGACUGGUCGGCAAUGGAUUGUACGGCUUCGAUUCGGUGGGUCUGGGGAGGGCCGGGGAGAUGGGGCCCUCAGUUCAGAACACCACGAUCGGCACCUUGGUCACCGCCAACUUCUGGCUCGGGCAUAUAGGCGUGCAUUCCAAGUCGACCAACUUCUCCGUCUUCGAUGAAUCCGUUCCGAGCUACCUAACCACGCUGUUCGACCAGAAGAGCAUCCCCAGUUUGUCUUUUGGCUACACGGCAGGCGCCCAGUACCGUGACCAGACGGUCCUCGGAAGUCUCACGCUUGGCGGCUACGAUGCCUCCCGCCUCAUUCCCAACGACCUCACCUUCAUCUUCGCCCCGGAUAAUGAGCGCGACCUGGCGGUUGGUGUCGUCGGCAUCACGGCAGAUACCACGUCGAAAGGAGAUAUCGACCUCCUCAUGAACCGGGACGACGUGACCAUGUACAUUGAUUCGACGGUUGCAGAACUCUACCUGCCGGUUGAGAUAUGCCAAGCUUUUGAGGAUGCAUUUGGACUAAAGUACGAUGAAAAGACUGAUCUCUACCUUGUGGAUGAUGCGCUUCACCGGGAUCUCGUCGCGCAAAACCCCAGUGUCACGAUCACUAUCGGCCAGAAAUACAGCACGGAUUCGACUUUGCAGAUCACUUUGCCCUAUGCUGCUCUAGACUUGGAGGCGACUCCUCCGUAUAGAGGGUUGCAAGAGAAGACAAAAUACUUUCCUAUCAGACGAGGUGCGGAGGCGCGUCAGUGGGUACUGGGUAGAGUCUUCCUGCAGGAAGCCUACUUGACCGUAGACUGGGAACGUCAGAACUUCACCGUGUCAGCGGUGGACUGGACAUUUGGCAAAGCUCCACAAAUCAUGCCUAUCGUGUCGCCCACCUACGCGGUUCCGCACUAUGAUCCCCCAAAGAAGAAGCCUUUGUCUUCAGGGGCAGUCAUUGGUAUCGCAGUGGGAGGUGGCUUCUUCGUUGCUCUGAUUUUCUGCGCAAUUGGGUGGUGGUUCUGGCGACGGCGGCACAAGCGCAAGCUGGCAGACAUCAAAGCGCAAUACGAGGCCGAUGUCGCUGCGGCGGCGGUCACCAAGAUGGAUCCACCCGUGUCAGAGGAGGCUCCGACGUCUCCAGUACGAAGUAGUACAGAAGGCGUGACUGUCUUCGCGAAGGCCGAGCUACCUGGCUCAUCCCAUGUGCAUCACGAGAUGAGCUCCAGCGCAGAAGAGAAGGGAUCAUCAGCCGUGCAUGAGGCAGAUGGCGAGGAGCGUCAGAUCUAUGAGAUGCCUGGAGACAUGCCUGUGCUUCCCGAGGCAGGCGGCCGUCAACUGUCGGAAAAGGAGUCCAUGGUGGUACGCGAGAGGAUAUACAACGGCAUAGAUCCGACCGGCACGCCAGAUGCAACCCCAGCUGCGUACGAAGAGUCGCGCAGGCUCGCACCAAUAUCCCCGUCCGAAGUGUCGAUGGUGAGCGGUCGGCUUCCAACCGACAACGUGUCGCCCAUUACACCACGCACACCAAGAGACGGUGCUUUCUUGGAAGCCUCGGACACAUUUUUCCAAUUGCCGCCCUACCGUGCUCGCGAAGAACGACGCGCCGAAUCGGAUGGCGAUCCCCUUUCCCCCGUCUCGCCGCUGGAAGGGUCUACGGAUGCCUCCCGACGGCGGUUCUCUUACGAGUCAUGA